GGGGCGCGCUGUCGGGCGGGGGCGAGAUUCGGGCCGGUUGUGCCGUUGCGAGGCUGCAGCUGCGAUCGCUGCGGUGGGCCCAGAGUUGUAUUCUGACUUGGUAAAUUUGGAGAAGCCAGUGGCCCUGCGUCUGUCUGGGGUGUGCUGCAAGUCAAAUCAUUGUUCGGAUAAGGUAUAAUUGAAACGUGACCCUUUCUUCAGAGAUGUCAAAAACAAACAAAUCUAAGUCUGGAUCUCGCUCUUCUCGAUCAAGAUCUGCAUCAAGAUCUCGUUCUCGUUCGUUUUCGAAGUCUCGAUCCCGAAGUCGCUCUGUCUCUCGUUCAAGGAAGCGCAGGCUGAGUUCUAGGUCUCGUUCCAGAUCAUAUUCUCCAGCUCAUAACAGAGAGAGAAAUCACCCAAGAGUAUAUCAGAAUCGAGAUUUCCGAGGUCACAACAGAGGCUAUAGAAGGCCCUAUUAUUUCCGUGGGCGCAACAGAGGCUUUUAUCCAUGGGGCCAGUAUAACCGAGGAGGCUAUGGAAACUACCGCUCAAAUUGGCAGAACUACCGGCAAGCAUACAGUCCUCGUCGGGGCCGUUCCCGAUCCCGGUCCCCAAAGAGAAGGUCCCCUUCACCAAGGUCCAGGAGCCACUCCAGAAACUCCGAUAAGUCUUCCUCUGACAGGUCAAGACGUUCCUCGUCCUCUCGUUCUUCCUCCAACCACAGCCGAGUUGAAUCUUCUAAGCGCAAGUCUGCGAAGGAGAAAAAGUCCUCUUCCAAGGAUAGCCGGCCGUCCCAGGCUGCUGGGGAUAACCAGGGAGAUGAGGCCAAGGAGCAGCCAUUCUCUGGAGGCACCUCUCAAGACCCAAAAGCAUCUGAGAGCUCAAAGCCAUGGCCAGACGCCACCACAUACAGUGCUGGUUCUGCAUCACGGGCCUCAGGGGUGUCUGAGCUGAGUCCCCGGGAGCGAAGCCCAGCUCUGAAAAGCCCCCUCCAGUCUGUGGUGGUGAGGCGGCGGUCACCUCGUCCUAGCCCUGUGCCAAAACCUAGCCCUCCACUUUCCAGCACAUCCCAGAUGGGCUCAACUCUGCAGAGUGGUGCUGGGUACCAGGGUGGGACUCACCAAGGUCAGUUUGACCAUGGCUCAGGGUCCUUGAGCCCAUCCAAAAAGAGUCCCGUGGGUAAGAGUCCACCGGCCACUGGCUCAGCAUACGGCUCAUCCCAGAAGGAGGAGGCUGCUGCUCCAGGAGGAGCAGCCUAUGCAAAGAGGUAUCUAGAUGAACAGAAGACAGAGAAUGGAAAAGAUAAGGAACAGAAACAAACAAAUACUGAUAAAGAGAAAAUGAAAGAGAAAGGGAGCUUCUCUGAUGCGGGAUUGGGUGAUACAAAAAUGAAAUCUGAUUCAUUUGCUCCCAAAACUGAUACUGAGAAGCCUUUUCGGGGUAGCCAGUCUCCCAAAAGGUAUAAGCUCCGAGAUGACUUUGAGAAGAAGAUGACUGACUUCCACAAGGAGGAGAUGGAUGAUCAAGAUAAAGAUAAGGCUAAAGGAAGGAAGGAAUCUGAGUUUGAUGAUGAACCCAAAUUCAUGUCGAAAGUCAUAGCAGGUGCAAGCAAAAACCAGGAGGAGGAGAAGUCAGGCAAAUGGGAGGGCCUGGUGUACGCACCUCCAGGGAAGGAAAAGCAAAGAAAGACGGAGGAGUUGGAGGAGGAAUCCUUUUCAGAGAGAUCCAAAAAGGAGGAGCGAGGAGGAUCCAAGAGAAGCGAAAGUGGGCACAGGGGAUUUGUGCCUGAAAAGAAUUUCCGAGUGACUGCUUACAAAGCAGUCCAGGAGAAGAGCUCUUCACCCCCCCCAAGAAAGACCUCUGAGAGCCGAGAGAAGCUAGGAGCCAAAGGAGACUUUUCCACAGGGAAGUCUUCCUUUUCUAUUACUCGAGAGGCCCAAGUCAAUGUCCGGAUGGACUCUUUUGAUGAGGACCUUGCAAGACCCAGUGGCUUAUUGGCUCAGGAACGAAAGCUUUGUCGGGAUCUAGUUCAUAGCAACAAAAAGGAGCAGGAAUUUCGAUCCAUUUUCCAGCACAUACAGUCAGCUCAGUCUCAGCGGAGCCCCUCAGAGCUGUUUGCCCAGCAUAUAGUGACCAUCGUUCAUCAUGUUAAAGAGCAUCACUUUGGGUCCUCCGGAAUGACAUUGCAUGAACGCUUUACUAAAUAUCUAAAGAGAGGAAGUGAACAGGAGGCAGCUAAAAACAAGAAAAGCCCAGAGAUUCACAGGAGGAUAGACAUUUCCCCCAGUACAUUCAGAAAACAUGGUUUGGCUCAUGACGAAAUGAAAAGUCCCCGGGAACCUGGCUACAAGGCUGAGGGAAAAUACAAAGAUGAUCCUGUUGAUCUCCGCCUUGAUAUUGAACGUCGUAAAAAACAUAAAGAGAGAGAUCUUAAACGAGGUAAAUCAAGAGAAUCAGUGGAUUCCCGAGACUCAAGCCACUCAAGGGAGCGAUCAGCUGAGAAAACAGAGAAAACUCAUAAAGGAUCAAAGAAGCAGAAGAAGCACCGGAGAGCACGAGACCGGUCCAGGUCAUCAUCAUCUUCCUCUCAGUCAUCCCACUCCUACAAAGCGGAAGAGUACACUGAAGAGACGGAAGAGAGAGAGGAGAGUACCACGGGCUUUGACAAAUCAAGACUGGGGACCAAAGACUUCUCGGGUCCAAGUGAGAGAGGAGGCAGAGCCCGAGGGACCUUUUUUCGAGCCAGAGGAAGAGGCUGGGGCAGAGGCAACUAUUCUGGUAACAACAGCAGCAGCAGCAACAACGAUUUUCAGAAGAGAAGCCGGGAGGAGGAAUGGGACCCUGAGUACACACCCAAAAGCAAGAAGUACUACUUGCAUGAUGACCGUGAAGGCGAAGGCAGUGAGAAGUGGGUGAGCCGGGGCCGGGGCCGAGGAGCCUUCCCCCGUGGUCGGGGCCGGUUCAUGUUCCGGAAAUCCAGCACCAGUCCCAAGUGGGCCCAUGACAAGUUCAGUGGGGAGGAAGGAGAGAUUGAAGACGAUGAGAGUGGGACAGAGAACCGAGAAGAGAAGGACAAUUUACAGCCUACAACUGAGUAGCGGCCACCCUUGCCGGGAGCCCCUGCCCGAGGGAGAGAGGCGCCAGGAAGAUGGCUGGUGAGGAGCUAAACAGAGGAGCCUCGAGAAGAUUCUGAAAAUCCCACCCCUACCCCCCACCAGCCAUGCAAAAUCCUACAACUGCCGAAGAGCAUCCUGGCGUCCCACCAGACAGAGGCAGCUGGCUGUGGGGCCUGGGGUCAGGCCCAGCUCUUGAGCAGAACACACCAUGUUGGGCUUUAGCUACGUGUUUCUCGUUUAUUGUUGGUGUGUGGGGUGGGGGCUGGGGUAGGGAGGGCAGAGCGAUAACUUGGAUUUUGGUUUGUUCCCUGUUAGAAACCAACAAUUUUAUUCUUCAUUUCAUUUCAUUUGGAGCUGAGGACUAAUUUGAUGAUUUUCAGUCUCUUUAUCCUUAUUUUAAAAGCCCCCUCUUCUUUUUUUAGGCAUAUAUAG